GCCGGCCCCGGCGCCCGAGGAGGAGGCCGAGGGCCCGGCCGCCGCCAUCGCCGCCGCCGCCGCCGAGAGCCCCCGCGGGCCGCUGGGCCCGGGCUCGGGCAUGCUGCUGUACCUGUGUCCCGAGGCGCAGUGCGGGCAAACGUUCGCCAAGAAGCACCAGCUGAAGGUGCACCUGCUGACGCACAGCAGCAGCCAGGGCCAGCGGCCCUUCAAGUGCCCCCUGGGCGGCUGCGGCUGGACCUUCACCACCUCGUACAAGCUCAAGCGGCACCUGCAGUCACACGACAAGCUGCGGCCCUUCGGCUGCCCGGCCGAGGGCUGCGGCAAGAGCUUCACCACCGUGUACAACCUCAAGGCGCACAUGAAGGGCCACGAGCAGGAGAACUCGUUCAAGUGCGAGGUGUGCGAGGAGAGCUUCCCCACGCAGGCCAAGCUCAGCGCGCACCAGCGCAGCCACUUCGAGCCCGAGCGGCCCUACCAGUGCGCGUUUUCCGGCUGCAAGAAGACCUUCAUCACCGUGAGCGCCCUCUUCUCCCACAACCGCGCCCACUUCAGGGAGCAGGAACUCUUCUCCUGCUCCUUUCCUGGCUGCAGCAAGCAGUACGACAAGGCCUGUCGCCUGAAAAUCCACCUGCGCAGCCACACGGGCGAGCGCCCUUUCCUGUGUGACUUCGACGGCUGCGGCUGGAACUUCACCAGCAUGUCCAAGCUCUUGAGGCACAAGAGGAAGCACGACGACGACCGCAGGUUCACGUGCCCGGUGGAGGGCUGCGGCAAGUCGUUCACGAGGGCCGAGCAUCUGAAGGGCCACAGCAUCACCCACCUGGGCACCAAGCCUUUCGUGUGCCCCGUGGAAGGCUGCUGCGCCCGGUUCUCGGCUCGCAGCAGCCUCUACAUUCACUCCAAGAAGCACGUGCAGGAUGUGGACGCCUGGAAAAGCCGCUGCCCGGUCUCCACGUGCAACAAACUCUUCACGUCCAAGCACAGCAUGAAAACCCACAUGGCCAAGAGGCACAACCUGGGCCAGGACCUCUUAGCCCAGCUGGAAGCGGCCAACUCGCUCACGCCCAGCAGUGAGCUGGCCAGCCAGGGACAGAGUGACCUCAGCGACGCGGAGCUGGUGUCUCUCUUCUCGGACGUGCCCACGGGCGGCGGCUCCGCGGCAGUGCUGGACACGGCGUUGGUGAACUCGGGCAUCCUGACUAUCGAUGUGGCCUCUGUGAGCUCAACUCUGGCAGGGAGCCUCCCCGCAGCUCACGGCAGCGGUUCGCUGGGGCAGGCCGUGGACCCUCGGGCCUUGCUGGCCACCACUGACCUCCCCCAGAGUCUGGAUACCUCGCUCUUUUUUGGAACGACCGCCGCCGCUUUUCAGCAGAGCCCCUUAGACAUGGACGAUGUCUCUAGUCCAAGCGCGGGGCCACUGGGACCUCUGGGCUCUCUGGUUUUGAAAAACUCCGCCCAGGAGCCCCAAGCCCUGACCCCCAGCAGCAAGCUGACGGUCGACACGGAUGCCCUGACUCCGUCCAGCACCCUUUGUGAAAACAGUGUCUCAGAGCUCCUGACGCCAACCAAAGCAGAGUGGAACGUGCACCCUGACUCGGACUUCUUUGGACAGGAAGAAGAAACCCAGUUUGCAUUCUCCAACCCAGCCGGAAGCCAUGGCUGUCAGAAAGAAACGGAUCUCAUCACAGUGACCGGCAGCUCGUUUUUGGUAUGAACCGACUCUCCUCAUUCCUCGCCACGUGGCUUACUUUUCUUAACUUACACCCGGUUUUCAGGAUGCUCUGGACUAAGGGUUUAAAGGCGGUCUUUUUUUUUUUAUAGGUCUGAAAAGGAGCAGAGCCCUGGGCUACAAGUUGGGAGAUGUCCGUUCUGAUCUUGAGUCGGGAACUGACAAGUUGUGCCACCCUGACUGAGCGAGUCACUUAACCUACCUGAGCCUUAAUUUCCUUAUUUAUAAAAUGAGGUGGUUUGAAUAGAUUGUUUCCAAGGUCUUUUCAGCUCUUUAUUUUCACGAUGCUGUGCUCUUUUUUUGAAAAUUGUAGGGCAUUUUAAAGUGAUUAAGUAUUGCAUGUGCUUCUAAUGUAAUAAAAAGUGCAUUGAGAGUUA